UGCUUACUUGACAUGACAUUGAUCGACUGAUCUUCAAUCGUGAUCCACGAAAUGACGCGUUUGGCUCGUUUACUUACAUUCAUCCCAGAAGGACAAAGAUGCAGUCAUUAUGUGAAUACAUUUACAAUCCUGAGAAUGUCCAGUAAUGUCGACGAAGGAUCCAAGAAUAAGACAAAUAAGUUAUCGAAUGACAAAACAACGGAGACUGAGAAAAAGUAUAAGCAGAGAACAAACGAAGAAAUAGAUGAAUUAGUGGCACCAAACAAUUGUUGUAUGUCGGGCUGUGCAAAUUGCGUGUGGAUACAAUACGCAGAGAAACUGAGCAACGUGCUGAGAACAAGUGACGCGGACGUCCAGAAAAUAAUAAUGGACAAAGUGGAAGAUCCAAACAUGCGUGUAUUCCUGUCAAUGGAAUUGCAUAAUCGCAAAAUGUCUGAUAAAUGAUACGAACGCUAGACAUUGUAAAUAAUUAGAUAAAUAUUUUGUCAAACUA